AUGGCUUCCAGUAGGUUGCUACAACAGCGCAUUGAUGUGGAAGAGAAAAGACGAGAGGAGGCCAUCGAGCAAUUGACCUCCUUCAUGACAGAAGCCAUCACCACAGUUUCCAACCGCAUGGAAGAAUUGGCGCUGACCCAUUUGAAGAGCCAGCAGCAGCAAGACUCAGCUAUGCAGGGUUUGACCCAAAGACUGAUUGAGGUGCAAGAGUCUGACAAUGCGCAGAUCCACCAGUUAAAGCAGCUGGACGAGAUCCAAAGCGGCGCUACACAGCAGAUCUCUCGCAUUGAAGCCAAACAUCAAGAACUCUUUCAUGGACUCAAUGAAUUGUCUUCUGAAACAAAAACCUGUAUUGGCCAGCUGAAUGAGGCUGUCCGCGGCAUUCUUGAAGAUGCUGGUGCUCUCGAGCGCUUGCGCAAGAGAGCCUCCCAAAGUCUUCAACGGGAGGAUGACCAAGACACAUUGGCUGACACAAUUAAGACAGAUUCGGACAGAACAGUGUUGCCUGCUGGCAGUCUGGAGAGGUCUCCCCGUAUCGCUGCCAUUAGGACCUUAAGUCCGCAGCCAAUGCAAACAUGGCAGAUGCGAGCUUCAGUGCCAGCCAAGCCUGGCAAGACGGCAAACUCAAAGCAGGAAGCGUUGCAAGCGUUGCAAACUGCAGACUCCCAGUCUCGAGUUGACAACUCGAGGAUUCUCACGCCACGAGUUGACAACUCCCUUCCUGCCACUGAGCGGGCUCGCCGAGUGACUUCACCAACUCGGAACGAGGCGAAGUGA